AUGACCGCUACGAAAGUGAUAGGAAUCAUCUAUGAGACGUUAAAUAGUAGAAGGAUAGAGUGAAAUGAGGGAAAAAAAUAAACAAGAGCGGGUUGUUUACAAUGACAUCAUUCGCCAGAAUUGUUUACGUCUUGCAGUUUUUUUGAAUUUGCGCCCUAACGCAAGCGCGAGAGAUUACAGGAUUUUGAGAGUUCGCAGAGAAAAGUUUGCGAUUUUCAGCUGCAGCUUUUUUUGAGUUUUCACUUAUAUAUUUUUUGCAGGAGGCGGACCUUUUUUGGCUUUCCGCAGCUGCAAUGGGUGGGAAUUUUACUUCGUUCUAAAGGUUCAGAGGCGAACGCGCAGGAAAAACAACAACCGCAGGGUAAGGAAAACAUGUUUACAUUUUGUCGUUUUUGAGCUCUUAAGAGGUCGUUCGGCAUGAAAUCUCGAUUUGGGAAGAAGUUGGGAUUUUCCGAAGACGUAGCAACUACAUGAAAAGGGUUUUUUGGCUUUUUUUGUUGAAUUUUCUUUUGAAAAAUUGAAAAUUUGAAAAAUUGAAAAUUUAAGACUUGAAAAUUAACCUUUUAGAAAAAAGGAAAAAAUUUUUCAAAUUAAGUUAUAAAUAAAGCGGUCAUUUAUCGAGAUGCAUAUUAAAAAAAGCAUUGUAUGUUAAUUAAAGAAGAUUUUCGAAGCAUAGAAAGAGAUUAAAGCUAUCAAGAAAUCAAAAAAAAAAGUUAUUAGAGUUCAAGUUUUGGAAUUUAGCAAAGAUAAGAAACUUCAAAAAGAAGAAUAUGAAGUCGCUUUUAAAGUUUAGUUAGUGCUGCAUUUAGGUUCAAAAGUUUAAUAAGAUUUUUCAUAAGGGUAGCGAAAAAAAAAAAUGCAAAAAGGAAGAUUGGAAUGUUUAUAGAGUAAAUCUUGUCCAAAGCUAGCGGUGAAUGGAGUUUUAAAGAAUAUCUUAAAGUUUUGAAAAUGAGCGAAACUUCUAGGAGAAACCCUAUCAGCCCACCAUUUAUAUGCACACUUUUGUUGUUGUUGUUUGUUGCAAAAUGGGGCGGAGUCUCUUAGAGAGAGCGCUAAUGGCGGAGAUGCCGAGAAAUUUCGACGGAGCCCAAAAAGUGAGAGGCGGAGCACAUGGAUUCGUGCAGAGGUAUUUGGUUUUUGAGGCGAGAAAAAAGAUAAAGAGUUCGAAGAUCUUCCUCCAAUUCGAUCCAACAGGACAAAGUGUGCUUGAGCGAAGAAACAGCAUCUGUUUUGUGGGACUCCGGCCGGUAAACAACAACAAACGCGCUCCAUUCAACAGUUGACGUCAUUUAGACUGUCUGCCGCCGGUUUCACGAGGCGUUUUUUUGGGUUCGUACUGUGUUACCACAAGGUCAGAAACUUUCGAAAAAUCGACUUGAAGGGAAAUUUUCGACGAAGAAAAAAAAAAUCAAAUUUUUGAGGUCGGCUAGUAGUUCCGAAAAACUUGUCCCUUUCUUGGGUCAGUAUUGGAAGUAGGCCUUCGAACGAAUGAAGAAGUUUGACAAAAAUAAUAUUUUUUCCCAAGCUAGAGGUGAAUAGAUUAUGUACUGAUAGGAUGGAAUGAAAAAAACUGAAAUUCAAUUUGUUUUCCUCUGGGAAAUUCUUUAUUUCUGAAGAGUUUUUGAAUUUACCUGUUCUGGAAAUUAUGAAAAAUACGCCUCUGAAGAGAAAUUCCGAAUUAAGUUAUGAAGAACCGGUUUUCUUCCGCAGAAAAAAAACACUUUCGAUGGAUUCUGCCCGUGAUUGAACUGUGUAUGUUAACAAAGAACAACUAUUUUCAAAGUUGAUAGUUUUUCUCUUCAUGAAUUUUUUUUGGCGAACGGGCACUUCAAAUUUCAUACUUUUUCGGGACACGAACGUCUUAGUUUUAGGCCUCAGAGAUUGCCAAUCGCAAACAACAAUAAAUAGCAAAAAAAAAGAAACAAAAUGAUGUUAUCAUCGACGACCAGCGAGACAAAGAGAGGCACAAAGAGGGUCAAUUUGUAUCGGGAAUUUUUUUUUCUGUUCAGAACGCAUUUUUUUUGCUGGGCUUAUGCAACGCUGGUUCGAUUUCUUAGAUGUUGAUUUACUAGUAAGAUUCUGCGGAACUUUUUGAUUAUUGUAAUUUUUAUUUCACUUGAGAACGAAUCAUAAACUACACUUUGAGCCGUUCCACGUGCUCCAGAGACUUUUAAGAUCAGAAGUAGACUUGAAAUUGAAUGAAAAUUUUUGUUUUGAGUCUUAUUUUCCGAUCUAGUCCUUCGUAAAAAAAAAUUUCACAAUAACUUGCAAUUUUUUAGAGCUGAUAAAACUAUUUUUUGAAUGGGAAUGUCGAAAGUUUGAAAAUAAUAAAAAUUCACAGAAAAGAAAGCAAAAAUAGCAACAGGAAAAACGGCAACUGGAUUCUCGACUAUCAUGUAUAUAAUUGGAUUUUUCGGUAGAUAGAAAACGAGGAUUUCAUACGAAAUCCAGUCGGCACGGCAAUUAUCGUAGACAUUUUUCGGUCCGAUCAAAAUUGGAUGAUUUGAAUUCCAAAAUUGAAAGUAACAUGAAAAACAAGGUUCUUCCACGUUCAAACUACAUUUUUAACAUGAAGAAGUUACCAGAGGUAAUGAAAAGAGGCCCGAAUCAGUACGAAUUCUCUUACAAAAGGAAUUUUUCUUUUUUAAGGCCAUUUUCAUUAGAGUUCCUGUGAAAGGAAAAACAGAGUGACUACUAAAAAUCAAGUUUUGGCCAUUAACAAACUUUUGAAUCAUUGACCACCCCAUAAUACAUCGAGUUUAACUUUCAAAAGAGACGAAUGAGUUGGCAGAGUUGCCGAGAGCUGGAGAAGGUCUACCGAACUGGUCCAGCUCCUCCGACCCGACUGAUAAUGUCUCCAGCCAAUUGGUGUUUUGUUUUGGCUCUCUCCUUCGUAUUUUCCGCCUGGAGACUACCGUAA